AUGGAAAUCGACUAUGAAAAUGGAAGAACAAGAAGAAAGAUCUGCAAGAGCGAUUUGCCAAUUAAUUUACCAAGUCUAGCAACAUCUUAUGUUCAACAGAAUAACGACCUAAGAAAAACCCUUCGUCGCUUUGAACGAGAAAAGCAGAAGAACCUGAAGACCAUCGAUAGCGAUAUUUUGGACUUACACAAGUUCUUGGGAGAUUUGAAAUGCGUAAUUUCGUUUCCGAUAGAAAAGAAUUUUUCGCUGGUUGCAACAUCUGAGGAACUUCAUAUGGAGGCAGCAACCGAAGAGAAGCAAAAUGAAUACAGUAAUAAAACACCUUCUACAACAUCACUACGGACCUCUGACACUGUGCAGAAAAUAGAAAGCGACCAAACACACACAUUGUUCACUAUAGCACCAAAACCAAGGCCAUGUACUGAUGUUUUGAUUCAGCAAAGUGAAACUGGCUAUGGCAUCCAAACAGCUUUGGUCCGAAGUUUCCGAAGGCGGAGCUUAAGCGUUGGUGAAAUGUGUUCAGGAACAUUGAAUCACCUAAGUUCCUCUGUUAGCUAUAAUCAGCCAUUACUCCAGAGAAGAAAAUCUUAUGCAGGAAACGACUCAAGAAACAUUCCAGUGGAAUACCAUUACAAAUGGAAAAUGGGCGUUGGUAAAACUGCUUUCAACGGUAACACCAGAAACCUUAGUCAACAAGCACCGUGUACAGGAGAAAGAUUAGAAGAAAGCAAGUUAAAUGGACAAACUGAGAAAAAGAGAAAAUGUUCUAUCUCGUUUUCAAGACCUCCAUCAACAGUUGUGGAAGAACCAAGAGCAAAUGAAACAAUCCAACAGAAAGGUCAUUCAAGGUCUAAUUCGCCAUCCUCUAUUCGAAACAAAAUACCAGAAGUUAGGAAUUAUGACGAUGGAAUAUUAAUGUCACUCGGAAACUAUUUUAAAAUAUCACCCAUAGAAUCAAGGAAGCAAACGGAAACCAAAAACUUGCUCGCUCCUCAACUUCAAAGACCCGUUUUGCCUUUUGCAGGAAAGGAUUCUCUAAAAACGUUCUGAAUAAAGACACGUUUUACACAGAAACACGGUCUAGCCUAUUACGAAAACAAAGUACCAAGGAUUUAGGAAUUGGGCUUAGUGUAAAGCAAAGGGACAAAGCGUAAAUGGUUUUGUGUGUAGACAACAAAGUAUUAGGCCAGACAGCAGACAGCAGACUUAACUCCUUGGACUACUCAAUAUCCAGGGUUUAAUUGCUUCUUUAUUUAUCACUUGUACUUCGUAUUAAAACGGAGUCGGUAAAUUAAACGGUUCUAUUGUGCGGUAAAGCCGAUAAGCAAUAUCACAUACAAUAACUUUCAUCACAGUGACAGGGGCGUUUUUUAAGGCUUCAUGUAAGGAUUUGAUGACGACUUGCUAUUUUGUGUACAAGUUUUCUCACUCUUUUGCUUUUGCUAAUGAAUUAAUUUAUAUAUUUAUGUUGUUCAUCGAACGGUAAAAUUUUUUAUUAGUAUACACGUUUUUAUCACUCCGUUGUAGUUGUAAUGAAGUAUAUUAUUGAUUACAAAAAGGGAAAGGCGUGCCUCCUUGCCACUUUAUUGCUCAGAACGUCGCUUACUCGACCAGUAAUAAUUUUAACCUGGUAACACUGUCCUGGUUACAGUUAAGAGUAACCUUCACGCCGGAAUAAAACACUUAAAAAGCUAAAGCACUGUAAAAAUAAUUUGUGGUUUACUGUUGAGCUGACCCUGACAUGUACGACUUUAUCGGACUUUAUCUCAAACACAGUCGCUGUACAAUAUAUUUGCAGUUUAUAUAAAGUGCAAGUCAAAUUUGUGGAACCAAGAUGGAAAGGUGUUACUUGUUGGGCCAGACAGAAACAACUGAAGUUUAAGAACUACACUUUAAAAGUUUUCGUUUUUAUUUGAAUUCGCAUGGAUAUUUGAGACUAAUUAAAAACAGCGGAAAAUUCCUCUCCAUCUCUGACUGACAGAUAUUUAUUAUUGCUCCCAGUAUUUUGCACUUUAGCAUCUUUCCGCUUUUAUUUUGAUAAGUCGCUCUUCUGACGCCAAAUCGUUCAACUGAAGUUCAUUUUUAUUUGAAAACUAACACAGCACGUAAACCGUUUGCCUUUGGUUGCUUCAGUAAAUAAUUCAGCAACAGUUAAACAUAAAACCUUGAGAGGCGUGUUUUUAAGCAGAAUCAGAAUUAUAAUUCUUACCGAGACCUAAUCAGACUAUAUUGGUUUUCUAAACGGCGGUUGGUAUCAAUCUUAACAGGAAUUAAAGAAGUCUAAAGUUAACGAUUUUGAUUCUAAACAACCAUUUUUCUCUUAGGAGAUCUUAAAGCGUAUUUCUUCCUGUUACAUAUUUGAAAUUGUCACAACUGCCAAUCGUCGAUAAUCAUAUUGACAAAAGACAAUUUUGAAUUUGUGAGGAGAGACGUAUAUUUGCUUUACUGAUUCACUGAAAUUUUCAGCUGCAGUUUCUAGACGGCCGACUGCAUAAUUUUACUGCCUAUAUGAGAAAGAUAAUGCAAAUGGUAGAGAACCUUCAUUACUUUUCGGCUGUGGAUGACUCUAUAUUUGACAGGUUUAUGUCACGAAAAGGAUGUAAAAGCCGGAAUAAUACCCUGCAAGGCAAAUAACCUUUUAGUGAUGCAGGUGGUUUAUUGUAGCUGCUGCACUUAAGCUCAGCAUGGGACGGUCAGUAUCACCAUCACCCAACUGCACUAAACACUGACAUAAAAACGACAGAAAUUUGCAUCUAACAAAAAUAACAUUUGCGAUAUCUUGAAUUUCUUCAGAAAGUAAUACAAGGAAACGUAUGUUGAAAAAAAAGAAACAUUGAAAUGGGUGUACGUUGUGAACUUCUUAAAUGUGAUUAAUCGAGCUAAAUAUCACUGUAAACAAGAAAUUGGACCAUGUCUUCGCAUAACAGCAGCAAGGAUGGUGAGCGAGUAGGAUCCGCCAGAAAGCGAAUUUCCACUUUAAAUGGCCACGAAGAUCAUCUUCUUCGUCGUAGAAUACACACUUAUCAGAAAAUGCAUGAUAAGGAGAUCGCUGAAGUUGCAAGCCAACUUGAAGAGAUCCGAGAUUCAAUGAAAGCACUCGUAACAGAUCCACUUUAUGGAACUCACGCAUUGAUCAACACAGGGAUUGAACACGAAAACUCUUACAAAAGCCCAGUGAUUAAUCAACAACGGAAGUCGAUGCUCCGACGAACUCAGAGUUUUCCAGAGUUGUUAGAUAGUUCAAGCGACGACAGUGUUCGGCGUACAAAUCCUUCGCCAUUUCCUGCUCUUAAAAUGGAACACCUACGCGUUCAUCACGCCGCUCCUCUUGUGACUCAUAAAAGAUCUGGCGAAGCAAAGUCGAGUUCGAUCGGUUCGCAUUUCGUUAACCCGAGCAUUCAGUCUGGGAAAGAAGCACUCAACUGGCACAACAAUGAACAUAAAAAGCUUGAAAGGUCCAAAACAGCUCCAGUAGCAUUGCUACAACCACUUCUGAGAACUACUCCGGAAAUGAUGAGAAAAAAAAUCCAUAUUUCCACCUCAAACAAGUUAAGCACUGAGCCGGAGGUUUCGGCUAGAAGAGGUGUGUCGCCACGUUUUGUAGAUCCGAACGCUAUGACCCAUAAUGCAUCCCAUUUGCAGACAAAUCAGCCUGGUGUGAGAAAUCAUAUUCCGGCUCGAGGUAUAGUCAGCUCAGAUUCUCUUUUAAGGGGACAACAAACGUCUGAUUCUUGGUACAAAUCCAGGUUACAGCCGGGUAAGCCCGUUGUAAAAACUUACCCCACCAAUAUGGUUCCUGCAGAGGACGGGCAAAAUGACGCUGUUUCUGUGUCGCUUCAAGCCGUAAAGAAUCGAGGGCAUAAGUCCCCAUUAAAAGGUAUUUCCAGACCUCUUAGUAAAUUCAAACAAGAACUUUUUAAGGUUAAUUGCGGCAACGAAAAAGAAGCUGACGAAGUGGAUGAUUUAAAAACUUGUCGGUCCUUGCGAUUCACGAAAGAGAGUCAAGAAAGUAAUCGAAUCUAGCUUGUGAAUGGAAAAAGACUGAGUUUUAAAUAUUCCGAAUUCGGGAGCAAACUUAAAUGUUUUAAAGAAACGACGCCAAACUAACUAACCCUAGAGGAAGGAGUAUUUCAGGUAACUAAACCGUUGUAUAGCUAUCUUAAUUAGAAGUGCGGAGCUUGUUUUAGAUCGAGAGUAUCGUUCAUCAAUCUGCAAAGUGAAAUUUGAAAAGCCGCGAAAAGAUACAGUGAAAAAACACCACCACAAGCAGAUGAUAUAAUAUAUGUAACUAGGAAAGGAUUAAAGCGGAGCUCCCUUUCCAGACUGACCGUUAACUUGAAACUAACUAUAACCCCUAAACCGCUGCAAACGGGGAAUUCAUGAAUCUAUAUAUCUUAAAGUUUAGUAGAUUUCCAUCAAAUAAAUUAAGAGAGCAAACGGGCUCUGAACUUACGGUGGGUUUCUCUAUUCUAUAGAUGAACUCAGAAAAUUAUUGUUCCCAAUUUUCCGUAUUUUGAUUCAAGAAAGCAGUUAAGACUAUUUUCAAAAACUAAAAUUUUUUUAUAUAAACACCAAUGAAAUAACGGGUGAACUUUCGCCCGACAACCUGUUAUCUUUACACGUGAAAAGAUUACCGUUGCUAUAGUUAUAAUGAAUCACCCCUUUCGCGGCGAAAAAUGUUGAAGUGAAAUGGUUUGGUAUUUCAUUAUUGCUUAUAUAAUACAUGUAAUAAGAGUAUGUCAGCUUGUUUUUAAUUUAGAGCAGACGCGUACAGUUCGUAUUUAGAGCGUAUGAUAUAAUGGCUCAUACACCAUGAUGGCUAAGCCAAUCAGCGCUCUAGAAUUGCAUUAUCCAAUGAUUCAGUCUUUAAUAAUUAUUAUUUUAUUUUAUCUUUUUGGGAAUGUUAAUAUUAGAUGGAAUUACAGGACAUUGACUUUGAGUAGAGAGAGGACUUGCGAUGUACCUGUUUUGCAACUUACUUACUUAAUUAAUCAACUAAUUAAUUUACUUUUAUUGAAUUGAUUAUUCCAUAAAAAUACGAUCAAUCUUUACGAGACUGAGAACAAGGGUGGGCCGAGUAUUACAAACCUUGCAGGACAGGUUUAUUGAUGGAUACUGAGUCAGAUGCCUAGCUACUGAAAGAUAAUACAUCCGCGUGAGGAGGGUCUACACAUAUUCUCUCUCAUAAAACAUUAUUCCAAGUUGAUUUGAGUUUAGAAAAAGUUUCCCCUUCAACACAAUUCUGUUUCCUUAUAUCCGGACUAUUUUUUCAGAUUUACUGAAUAAAGCAUGGUGUAUCUAUGUUCCUGAUCUGGAAGACAAAUUGCUUGCUUGAGAUUUACUGUUGCAAAGAAGGUUACUUAGUGUUUCCAUUACGCAAUCACUGAAACACUUAGUAGGGAUAUAAACCAAAGCUUUUCGGCUUUCAGUGUAAUUCGUAUAAGUGGUAUGAGUGUAUCUGACUAUUUGAACUUAAAGGAAAAUAGUGUCACUGUUAUGUUAUGGUCGAUGAGAUCUAUGCAUUUUUGAUCUCCGAAGUGCUAUCCAAUAAUGUGCGAAAUACAGCUUAAUGCGUUCAAAAUUAGAAGAUACAGUUCUGAAUAAAAACUUUAAAGGAAUGAAACUACUAGACAUUGAUAGUUGUCUUAAGUUAAUUUUUUUUCUUUGACUAUGUUUUAUGGUGACCUUUACCUACACCAAAAGGAUGCUCAUUUUUUCUCGUUUUUAUAGUGAAAUUUUUGUGUGGAUUGAGCUCUGUUAUUGCCCACUCGCUGACAUAAUUUCUUCACCUGCAAAACCUUCAUUUGGCGCGAAGACAUAAUAUGCAAAUACACUAAAGUUGUUAUUUCAGUUAACAGUUGUCGGUCGUAAUUUCCUGGCAAUAACAGCUAUUUAAUUUGCAAUUUUUAAAUGGACUUGGGCCAAAAAACACUUACGAACAAUCACUGUGAAAACAGGACAUGAUAUUUGAAUAGCAAGUCCAUUAUCAGUCAAAAAAAUUUUACCAGCUAUUUUAAUUAAGCGUAAUUUAACUUCGAAAUAAAUUGCAUGGAUAAAGGUAUUACACACUUUUCGAGAUAAAUUAUUCAUCCUAAGUAAAUAAAAUGUGAUCGACGCUGCAAUUUUGAAGAAAAUAUUGACCUAUGAGUAACCUAUUCAGUAUUUUGGCCGGUCCUGCAUGAUUAAGGCUGAUGGCUUGACUGUCCCAACCAUAAAGCAAAACAUUUCCUACAGAACAGGAUCUUCCAGAAAAUAUCAGCGCCAGUUUUCAAUAACGUUCACUGUAAAUUUACGCCGUUUUUUCCUUACCAAGAACCAUGCAAAGACCCUCCUUCAUUCCACAAACGAUGUGGCAAGACAUUGCUUGCGUUGGUAUCCAGUAUUUUUGAUGGAUUCAAGGAAAGUGAAGGACUUCAGUUUACAAGGCCAAAAGGCUUCUCCAGCUUAUUUUCACGAACGGUCAAAGUUAAGGAAACGUCUUGAUGGGUAUGAAAGAGAAAAAGAGAAAUGUCUGAGAAAAAUAUCAGAUAGGCAGGAUACACUGAUGAACGUGUUAGUCAACCAACGAAGCGUGCCUGAAGAACUGAGCGUGGAAACCAAGACUCACACAGAAGCUUUUCCUAGCCGCCUACGACGUAACACGAUAUCGACACUUGCUUCUGAAAAUCCGACCAAUAUGGAAAUUUAUUCCAGUCAGCUCGAGCUCCGAAAAUUAUCCAUUAGCAGUGAUUCAAGAUACAGAAAUUUGUCGUCUUAUUCCACACAGACAAUAAACGAGAAUAAGGUGGUCCGGAAAUUAAGCGAUCCGCUAGAAUUUGCAGAUCACAGAAAGCUAACUGUCCGACCCAAGAGAAAACUUACAACCGGUCAAAUUGAGUUGGCGGUGUCAUCAAAGGGAGUUUGCCAAUAUUCUUUUCGUGAAGAUACAAUGAAAUACGAUUUGUUAAAAAAUCAAAGUAUAAAAUCGGAUGUUAUGGAAUUCUCACUUCAACAAGUGAGGGGCUCAAACGAGUCUGUCCUAACUCAGUCAAGAUCAGAACAUAAAGAUUCAAAAGUAAUUUUAGCGUCUUACCCGUCUUCAGUUGCUAAUAUGCAGUUUAAUAAGACAGGCGCUCAAGUACAAAGUAAACAUUUAAAGGAGGCUAUGAUUAACACCCCAAAAAAACUUCUUCAUCAAAGGCCAAGCACAUCAAACGAGUUUUUCCCCAAUUUCCAAGGAAUGAAAAGUGUUUUGAGCAAGGAAACUGAAAUGUUAAAUACAGAAGCUCAAAAUGAUAUUCAUAAAAUAACACCUGCGGCAAUAUCCCCAGUUAUAGAGAGACAACUUUAUUCAGUAUCAGAAUCGUCAACUAAAAACUUCGAAACUCUGCAGCAUCUCCCGGCUAACUGCGAUGGUAAACUAAAUUUAAUGGAAAGUGAAAGCGGCCCAGGAGAGGGCAGUAAAUUCGUGUUAAGGCGGAAAAAGAGGAUAUCGACGGAUAUCAGCAAAAGGCAUUUGCAUGAACAAACAAUCUUAAUAUCUCAAGCAGGUGCAACUCCAGCUGUUGGUUUCCAUAGAAACGCUUGGAGUGCGGAGACUAAUUCUCCUCGAAGGAAAAUAUCAACCGUUAAAGCUCCUGAAGGAAUUAUUGAUCACGUGCCCUUAUCUCGUCAACGAAGUGAUGAUGCAUCGAGCCUGUCAAAGGAAACGCAACGAAAUUUUGAAGCACUACGGAAUUUUCGUCGUUUAGCGCUGGUCGCCGUCGCGGCAGAGAGAUUCCGUUCUAAUACCCUUGAAUCGCACUCAGAAGACCGUGAAGUAACAGUUGCGAAACGGAAGUUGUCGUCAAAAUCAAGAUUAGAAGAUUUACAAAGACCGACUGAAAGUUACCUAAGGCAAAUUGUAGCUGACGAAGAUUUUACACCAGUCCUCAAGACAAGGAGUAGGUCACUGGGCGCAGUGACUCAUGGGAAAACAUCAGUCAGCGGUAUCGCCAAGUUUCGACGAGUUACUCAGGCUGCCAUGGCAACGCAAAUUUUACUCGAAAGGGAAAGUAGAAAAGAAACGAAGGGUAGGUUCUCGAGUGUGGAAUCUCGUCAGGAAAUAAAUCGGGAAAAAUCCCUCGCUGAAAUGAUGAACGAGUUAAAGGACUGUAGAUACUUGAGAACUGGUUCUAUAUCAAAGCAGGACUAG